UUGAAAUGCUGGUCAGGGUAGAGUGAAAAGCAGUUGCUGGCAAUAAUAGCCAACCCAUAGCCAGUACCAAGUUCUGGUUCAGCUCUGAGGGCAGAGAACUGGUGGUGCCUUUCUUGGCCUCAUCAGACUUCAGCACCUAAGACAGCUCCAAUAUUCUCCUUCUAUACGGAAAGCUCCGGAAAACACUACUUGGCAAGGUACAAAGAUGGAAACCAGAAGUAAGUCCCAGCUACUUUUGCUGCUAACACUUGCCAGCAUGCUCUUCUCUCAUACAUUGGCAUGGCCUCUCUUUGGAGCACCCUCUGUUCUGAGGUUGGAUGACAGAAUACCACUUGAAGAAGCAAAUGAACCUGAUCAAGUUUCAUUAAAAGUAGACACAGACAUCUUGCAAAAUGCAUUGGCUGAGAAUGACACACCCUAUUACGAUGUAUCCAGGAAUACCAGACAUGCUGAUGGAGUUUUCACCAGUGACUUCAGCAGACUCUUGGGUCAGCUUUCUGCCAAAAAAUACCUUGAGUCCCUUAUUGGAAAGCGAGUUGGCAAUAGCCUCUCAGAAGACCGGGGACCGAUCAAACGGCACUCUGAUGCUGUCUUCACCGACAACUAUACCCGCCUCCGAAAGCAGAUGGCUGUGAAGAAAUACUUGAACUCAAUUCUGAAUGGGAAGAGGAGCAGUGAGGGAGAAUCACCUGACUUUCCCGAAGAGCUAGAAAAAUAAUGGAAAAGCUCUUUGAAGCAAAGCUGCUGACAACUAACCAGUGAAUUCGUGAAGGAAAAGGAUAGGCGGAGUAAUUAUAUUUUGAGUUCUACAUGUGUAAUUCAAGAAAACAACUUCAAUAUCAAAACCAAAUAAAAUAUAUUGUGUUGUGAAUGUUGUGAUUUACUUUAUCCUAAUGUAAUAACUGUGAUGUUUACAUUGUAAGUAUUAUUUGAGCGUUCUAAAACUUGUCUUUAACUCAAAAAAAUCCUGUAAUUUCAUAUGCUGUGUAUCCUUUCCAACAAAAAUAUAUUUAGUGAUAAGUAAAUACUAGGUUAAUUCCAAUUAUGUGAGGCUUUUGGGGCAAGUAGUAAUAGAACACAAGUGAUGUGUUUAUUUAUAGAGCAUACUUAACUAUUCAGACGUGUGGAGCACAUAAUCAGUGAGUCUAAAUUUGAAUGUUAAGCAGCUAGAAUGCUGUGUUCAGUAAACUGCAAAAUGUCUAAGAGAAAACCAAAAACAAAGAUAGAAAGACAUUCUUUGAAACAGAUUUUCAGGAAGUGGUAUUUAUUUUCACAUUUUUAGGCAUCAUUUAUUUUGAAUAAGAUUUAGUCUCUCCCAUUCAGAUCUCUUAUUAGCCGAAGGCUCUCUUCUGUUGUGGUGUAUCAGUGAAAGGUAAUGGUCUCUGUUUCUGACAUCCGACCUUUCCUUUUUGCUUGUGUGAAGUAUGUGUAAGAUGUAAACUGAAUGGAAACUUUGUUUUUCUGUAAUAAAUUUUUUUUCCAUAAUUACUCAAAUAAUGCUUUGGUCAUCAGCUUCCUUCAGUGAAAGUAUAUUUGGAGACAUGACUAUUUUUCCAAAAGGACUGUAGGAAAUUAAAUAGAGAAAAUAAAGAACUUUGAUUAUCAUUCCA